AUGGAGGCCAGCAUUCAGCGGUUAGAGUUUGAGGACUUCCCGGGCCGCACCCUGACGGUGCUGCUGUUCAAGGAUGUGACCAACAGCAAAGAGCUGCGGGAGCUAGUGAUGAGCGGCGCGCUGCAGCCCGAGUGCAGCCUAGCCAACGCCGAGCUGGUGCCGUCCCUGCUCGUGCUGCGGGUGGCGGCGUUCAAGGCGCUGCUGGCGCAGCAGCGCGGCGCGCUGCGCACCAAGUCGCUGCAUGCAGAGGUGGUGUUCAAUCUGGCGGGGUCCAAGCACAUCCCCCAUCCCCUAGAUCGCUUUGGCAUCAACCCCGGCUGCCGGCACCUGCUGGCCGCACCCUUCGACGCCUCGCCUGAGGAGGAGGCGCAGCUCCAGGGGCUGAUCGCGGGCGCCCCCACCCCGCUGGCGGAGCUGCCCCUGCUCACCGACCAGCAGCUGCUCAUCAAGCACCUGAAGGUGACACCAGAGGAGCUGCUGGUGGGCAGUCUGGCAGACGCGAUGCUCAUGCGCAGCGCGGGCCGGGACUGCUAG